AUCGCCGUGGUGGCCGUGAUGUGCAAACCCCACCGGUGCCCCCACAUCAACUUCACAGGGAACAUCUGUGUGUACUGCCCGGGGGGCCCUGACUCGGAUUUCGAAUAUUCCACCCAGUCCUACACGGGAUACGAGCCGACGUCGAUGAGGGCGAUCCGGGCUCGGUACGAUCCCUUCCUGCAGGCGCGGCACCGGCUGGAGCAGCUGCAGCAGCUGGGGCACAGCGUGGACAAGGUUGAAUUCAUCGUGAUGGGGGGAACGUUCAUGGCCCUGCCCGAGGAUUACCGCGAUUUCUUCAUCCGCAGCCUGCACGAUGCUUUAUCUGGGCACACCUCCCACAGCGUGGCUGAGGCUGUCAGGCCGGGCUGCGGGCUCGCUGAUAAGCUUCCCUUCCUUAGGAGCAGCUUUGCAAUUAUUAACAUUAUUCAGGAUUUCACAAUCUCCCACAAAGAUCGCCGCUGGAUGGAUUUUUUUGCUUGUCCCUCACGCCUUCCCCUCACGGCCCCGAGCGCGGGGCUGAUGGCGGCGCCUUUUGCUCUUUGCGAGGACAAUGAGGGCAGGGGGAAGGUGUAA